AUGAUCUACAUGCGUAAUUUUCGAACCGUUCGUGAAUCUUGGUUAUUUGCUGUAUGUUUUAGACCCAUGAAGGGGUCGGCUGUAGAGAAAUACGCGCACGAUGCUUUACAAUUCAUUUUUCCGAAGAACUGUUUUGAAGAGCUGAUAAUCAACUUCAAUGUCUUUCAUCCAACAUGUCCAAAAAUGGUAUUAAGUCGUGUCCUCGGAAUCGGUAUUACAGCCGGUUCUAUCCUUCUUUUUGUACCUCAAAUUAUAAAGAUCUUCAAUGGAAAAAGCGCCAAAGGAAUCUCUCUCAUAUCGCAGCUCCUUGCACUUGUAGCCGCCGCAGGCACUGCCUCAUACAGCUUUAACAAAGGAUUCGUAUUCAGCCAAUGGGGUGAUUCGUUUUUUGUUUCUGUCCAAUUGAUGAUUAUCGUCAUGCAGAUUUUGUAUUAUUCGGACGCUAGAACCAUUGCACGGGUGUUCACUUCAAUUCAAGAUACCGGUGAUUCAUUGUUGAUUGUUUCGUUCGCAAUUGCGGCCGUUCUUAAUGCGGUCCUCUUUGUGCAAUUCUUCCUCUACUGGAACGAAGUUAAGCGUAAGAAGAUGCGCUAA